AUGCGUUCUUUCCUCGGAGGAGUCGUCGCUCUGAGCUCCGUGCUCGGGGCUGCGGCCAAGAACUACAACUCGACCGCCUACAGUGACUCCGCUAGCGGAAUCGACUUCCAACGGUGGUGCGACGCUUCCACCGGGUUCUGUUUCGGAUUGGCCCUGCCUGAAGAUGCCGACAAGGACUUCAUUGGUCAGCUCGAAAUCCCUCUCACCGACUCCAAGGGAUGGGGUGGUGUCAGUCUGGCCAGCUCCAUGACCCACGCCCUCCUCAUCGGUGCCUGGCCCAACGGCGACGGUGUCGUCUCGACCCUCCGUGAGGCCACCUCCUACACCAACCCCGACGAGUACGACGGCGACGCCAGCCUCGCCGAGAUCUCCAGCGGAACCUCCGUCAACAGCACCUACCUGACCUACACCUUCCUCUGCAAGGGUUGCAUCGUUGGCGACCCCACCACCUUCAGCGCGGAUGACGAGAGCUACUUCAUGGGAUGGGCUCUGAGCAAGAACGCCCCUACCACCCCGUCCAAGUCUUCCUCCGUCCUGGGCUACCACGCCCACGGUUUCGGUAGCUUCCGCAUGCUGCUGUCCGACGCCAAGUCCUCCAAGUACUCCACCUGGGCCAGCAAGGCUAAGGCCACCAGCACCUCCGCUUCGCCCUCGGCCGCCGCCUCGUCCGCCGCUGUCAGCAGCACCCCCUCCCCCAGCGUGGCUCCUACCGUGUCCAACACCACCUACGACUACAUCGUCGUCGGUGGUGGUGCCGCCGGUAUCAUCGCCGCCGAGCGUCUGGCCGAGACCAAGAAGAGCGUCCUGCUCAUCGAGCGUGGUGGUGCCCACACCGUCCAGCUCGGCAACGAGAAGAACGCCCUCUCCUGGAACAACUCCCUGACUGCCUACGACGUUCCCGCCCUCGGCAGCUCCCUGUCCUCGCUCGGCCUGCUCGAUGACUACCUCUGCCCCGACACCGCCGGCAUGGCUGGCUGCGUUCUCGGCGGUGGUACCAUCGUCAACGCUCUUGCUUUCAUCCACCCCCAGGAGGCCGACUUCGACGACAAGUGGCCCUCCGGCUGGAAGUGGGACGACGUCAAGGAGGCUGCCGACCGUCUGUACGAGCGCAACCCCGGUAGCUUGCUGCCCUCCGCCGACGGCAAGCGUUACGACCAGGGCAUGUUCACCGCUCUCUCCUCCUUCCUGAAGGGUCUCGGCUACUCGUACGUCAACCAGCACGAGCAGCCCAACGAGAAGCACAACAAGUUCUCCUACCCCUCGUGGUCCGUCGCCAACGGUAUCCGUGCCGGUCCCGUCCGUUCCUACCUCCCUCUCGCCCAGGAGCUCGACAACUUCCACCUGAGCCUGCACACCAAGGUUCUCCGUCUCAUCCGCCGCGGUGGCCGCGUCACCGGCGUUGAGGUCGAGACUGCCAACGGCGGUGCCGAGAUCAUCAACAUCCGCGCUGGCGGCAAGGUCGUUCUCGCUGCCGGUGCCCUGUCCACCCCCCGCAUCCUGUUCAACUCCGGCAUCGGUCCCGCCGAGCAGAUCCAGAACGUCAAGAAGGGCUCCACCGGUGUCACCGUCCCUCCCCAGGCCGACUGGAUCAACCUGCCCGUCGGUGAGGGUAUCAAGGACCACCCCAUGUUCACCGUGACCGUCAACACCAACAGCAACUUCACCGCCUUCAACACCUCCAGCGUCAUCCCCGGCCCCAACGCCCUCGCUGAGAACCUGUACAAGCACGCCUCCGGUGUCCUGUCCCAGGGUGGCCACCGUCUCCAGUUCUGGACCUCCAACAAGGGCUCCGACGGCAACACCCGUUUCUACCAGGCCUCCUGCAGCACCAGCGGCGACGGCACCAUCACCAUGAAGCUCUACCUCACCCACGGUGCCACCUCUUCCGGUGUUCUGGGUAUCAGCUCCUCCGGCUCCACCGUCAUGGAGAAGGAACCCUUGCUGCAGACCGACGCCGACAAGAAGGCCGUCACCGAGUUCCUGCAGGGUCUGAUCGACGACAUGAAGAACUCUGGCAAGGGCUUCAGCAUCGCGGACGUCGAGUCCGCCGACGACAUUGUCGCCAAGAAGACCUCCGGUGACCACUUCGUCGGUUCCGCCAAGAUGGGCACUGACGACGGCCGCAAGGACGAGGGUACUUCCGUUGUUGACACCGACACCAAGGUCUACGGUACCGAGAACCUGUUCAUCGUCGACGCCUCUAUCCACCCCGAUCUGCCCACCGGUAACACCCAGGCCAUCGUCAUGAUCGCCGCCGAGGCCGCCAUCCCCAAGAUCGUCGCCGCCAAGGGUCUCUCCGGCUCCGUCUCCUCCAGCGUCGUGGCCUCCGCCCCCGCCGAGAAGACCGCCGUCGCCAGCGUCUCCAGCGCCGCCGCCGGCUCCGUCGAGACCGCCACCGACGCCACCACCGUCCAGGCCACCACCACCGAGGCCGGCUCCGCUGCUGCUACUGGCUCUAACGCUGGCUCUGGCUCCAACGCCGGCUCCGACAACCAGGGCUCUGCCACCGCUCCCGCCGUCACCCAGGCUGCCACCACCGCCGCCGCCCAGGGCAACGGCAACGGCCAGGCCGCCGUCCCUCACACCACCACCACCACCAACGAGGCCGGUGAGCUGGUCGUCGUGACCACCACCAAGCUGGUUGUUGUUACCAGCACCAGCACCAUCACUGUUAUGCCUACCUUUGCGUAG